CUUCUCAAAACGGGCGAUUCCCAUCAGGCAAAAUCAGCACGAAUCUCACCAUAUGUUUCCGUGAUCCUGGGAAAGCUCUGGGACGAACCUGAAGGUCUCCCUCAGACGAUCUCGCAAGGCACAAAUUAGAGAACAAGUUCAGAAUGGCCUCCCGCGAGAGCACACUUUACUAUUCCAAGCACAUCAACUACUGGAGAAGAAAUCUAAAAACAUUCCUGCCCCAUCACUACACUGGCAACGAUUCAAAUCGCAUAAUGCUUGCUUAUUUCAUCCUCUCCGCAGUCGACUUGCUGGGAGAUUUACCGGCGGCGCUUUCAUCUGAGGAACGUCAAGGUCACAUAGAAUGGAUAUAUCGCUGCCAACUUCCAGAAGGUGGUUUUCGAGGGUCUCCAGGAACAGACUUUGGAAGCUUGAGGAAAGCUGAAAAUGCGGUUUGGGAUCCGGCAACCGUGCCAGCGACUUUCUUCGCUAUUUCCAUACUCGCGAUAUUGGGAGAUAAUCUACGGAGAGUAAAGAGAAGGGAAACCCUCUCCUGGCUGAAUAAGAUGCAGAGACAUGACGGGAGCUUUGGAGAGACUCUUGGGUUGGACGGCCGAAUUGAAGGCGGCCAUGACACGAGAUUCGGAUACACCGCUGCUGGUAUCAGGUGGAUGUUGAGGGGUACAGUCGCGGGUCCAAUUGACGAAGUACCAGACAUAGAUGUCGACAAGUUCGUUGAGUGUUUACGGAACUCUGAAACUUACGACGGAGGAAUCUCAGAAGAUGCAUACCACGAAGCUCAUUCUGGGUAUACCUGCUGCGCCGUCAGUGCUCUUUCCUUAAUCGACCGCCUACCACUUCCCGCAAACUCCUCACAACAGCCUGACGACCGAAUUCGAGGUAUAAAAAAUCCUCUGCUAUUGCUACGCUGGCUAGUCUCCCGGCAAACUUUAACAAUAGAGGAAGACGAUGCCCUCGAUGCCCACGCGGCUGAGGCCGAUUCGGCAGCUACCACCAAUGAUCCACGGCCGUCCAUGAAACUCUCAGAUUCAUAUUACGACCUUUCAAGGGUAGGCCUCAACGGCCGUGCCAACAAAAUAGGGGAUACAUGCUACGCAUACUGGUCCUGCGCCCCUCUCAAAGUCCUCGGCCAUCUCGACCUCGUGGACGGAAAACCCAUCCGUCGGUGGUUACUCGACAAAACGCAGCACCUAGUCGGCGGCUUUGGGAAACUCCCAGGACACCCACCAGACAUCUACCACUCCUACCUUGGCUUGGCCAUCCUCUCUAUUUUCGGAGAACCUGGGUUGAAGGAUGUGGAUGCGGCUUUGUGCAUAAGUAAUAGAGCAAAAGCACACCUUGAAUCGUUACCCUGGAGAAAAGCGACUGUUGGGGAUGCUAAGCAAUGUGGAAUGGGAGAUGUACCGCAAGAAAUCCUCUUCGACCCCGCCGCACGUGAAGAAUACCUCACAGGUUUCCAUAAGCGCAAACUGGCGCGUGCAAAACACGCACAGGAAGAAGCUGCGAAGAAGGAGAAGGAGGAGAGGUUGAGAUUGAGGCGAGAGCUGCGGAAACAGCGAAAGGAGGACCUAGAACGACAUGUCAGCGAAGUCAACGCUCUAUUACGAAAAGCCACCGACGACCCCCACUCUGAUAAGGAAUCUCCGGAAAACACUGACUCCGACGACAAUACCAGUGAAGAGGAAUGGGAGGGGCUCGAAGAGCCCGUCGUAGAGGAUAUCGACCGCGAAGACGAGUACAUAGACGAAGACAAAUACACCACUGUUACGAUCGAAAGCGUGCAGAUAUCUAAACACGGGUUUCAGAAGACUGGGGGAGGUGGAGCGGAUAGUGGGGAGCAGGAUAAGGAGAACGGGACCGGGGAAGGAGAGCAGAAGAAGACGUGGGCGAAGGAGAGGCCCAAGGUGGAUAGGCCGAAGAAGAAAAAGAAGAAGUUUAGAUAUGAGAGUAAGGCGGAGAGGAAGGUCACGAGGAUGAAGCAGGGAGCGAAGAAUAGGGCGCAGGCUAGUGCGCGAAAGGGGAAGUAA